AAGCACGCGCACUGUGUUGAGUCGAACCAUCCCAUCAUCAUCAUCCUGACUUGAGGGAGCGUCGCACGCGCACACACCUGAAGAAGACGAAGACACGGCGUGACGCCCCCGCCUCGCCCCCCCAACAAAGACCACCGGGACAAGAUGUACCACUCUGACCACGGCGUCGACCUCCCCGACCUCUCCUUCCAGGUUCCUGGCAGCGCUCCACAGCUGCACCCGUCAGGCCGGCAUUGAACACGCGCACCUACACACCAGCCGCCCCCGUCUCCGCUUAUCCUGCCGCUGUAGCUCAGGUCCCAAAUCCUCUGCGCCAUGGACGGCCCCACCAAGCUGUCCGGCGAGACCCUGAUCGUGCACCACAUCCCCCUGGUUCACUGCCAGGUGUCGGGGGCCCGGCAGGGGGGCUCCCUGAAGAGGACCAACCCCUUCAGCCAGCCGGAGAACCUGGGCUUGAGUCGCACCACUUCCCUCCCCGAGAGGGACGUCUUACAGAGGGAGGCGCUGCUGUACAGCAGCCUGAUCCAGACCUCCAGCGGCGCCUGGGGCCCCCACCAUGGGGGGAAGAGGGGCGGCGGCAGCACGGCCAGCGACUCCUCCUUUACCUCCAGCAUCUCUGACGAGCAGCUGGUGGUGGCUCACACAUUACCUCGAGCCAAGAGCAGACGCCGCAAUCCUCUACGCCGCAACCCCUUCCUGCUGAAGCCUGACGAUGACGACGAAGACGAGGACGACCAGGACAACCUGAGUGGCUACCAUGAAGACUCCUCCUUCCACCUCCACACUGACUCCGCCCUUGACGACGCCAUUGCGUCUUUCCGCCUGCACGACCUCGGCUUCGCGCCGGAGCCGUUCCUUUUGCACAGGGCAGGUAGGCGGGAGUCUUUGGGGGGCGUGGCCUCAGACUCUGACCUGGGCCUGGACGGCCAGCGACGCCAUGGGAGCAGCGGCUCCAACAUGUCAGUGGAUUGCGGCGAGCAAGAUUGGGAAGACGACGAGGAUGAGGACCAGCCGAUGCAGUGCGGGCGGAGCAGCAAGACUGGCUCGUACUCGUCGGGCUCGUCCAAUCAGCACUGCUCCUGCUGCUCCCACAACUUCCCCCACAGCUUCCCCGAAGCCUUCCCCGAGUGCCAACAGGGCUACGGCAGCGACUCGUCGUGCAACAGCUCAGACGGCGUGCUGGUCAACUUCAGCACCAUUUACAACAAAAUGAACAACGGCGUUCCCGAGAAGCCCCCAGGCUCCGCCCCCACCAACCUGAACAGCCCGGCCUGUGGCUCGCCUGUCUCCGGCGCACCAGGACGCGACUCAACGGGAGGGGCCUUUUACUUGGACCUGCACAGUUCACCCAUGGAAGCGCCACAUUUGCAGCAUCAGGGAAACACCUUCCCUCACCUGUCCUCCUGCUCCUUGGAGGCCGCUCUGGAGCUUGACGCCAACUGCAACGCCUUCUGCCCCCCUCGUGGUGGCUCCUCCUCCUCCUCGGGGGAGCUGGCGUCCUGCCUGCAGAGCCAGGCUCGCCUGGUGGUUGCCACCCAGAACUACUACAAGCUGGUCACCUGCGACCUGUCGUCUCAGUCGUCCCCCAGCCCCGCCGGGUCGUCGGUCCACAGCGGCUCCGAGGAGCACAGCAGGGGCAGCCCCACCCCCAUGCAGCCCAGCGAGUACUUUCUGUUUCGGCAGCAAGCCAACGAGGAAGCUGAACAUGACGAGGAAGAGGAGCAUGGAGAGUCAGCAAGGAGAGAUAAAGAUGCCAAAAUUGAAGAGGAGGAAGAUAAUGAUCAGGGGACCGGCGAGGGCCAAGAUGCACACGCCCUCAUCCAAGGUCAAGUGUACGUCAACGCCUCUCCUCCCGUCGGGGCCACGUCUGCCUCCGCCAGAUGCCUGCGUUCCCGCAGCUACGACCGCCACCUGGACAAGUCCCCGCCUCCGAAGUUGGGCUCUCUGGAGCGCAUGCUGAGCUGCCCGGUCCGCCUCAGCGAGGGCGGCAGCACCGCCCUCGCCCCGCCCCCUCCGCCGCGAGUCACCUCCUUUGCCGAGAUUGCCAGGAGCAAGCGACGACACGGCGGUUCCGGCGGGUCACCGUCUGUCAAGGUGGACCCCUUCUGCUCAGCCUACUCCGCCCACUCCUCUGCAGAGUUUGCUCCCAUCUUGGAGAAGCAUGCGGAGGCUAACGCCACGUCGGCCUCGACUGGAGGUUACAGCACAGAGGAUGAAGGUGGUCCCUCCAGCUCAUGUGAUGUGCACCCGGCAGUGGUCCGCUACAGUAAAGACCAGCGGCCCACCACCCUCCCCAUCCAGCCCUUCACCUUCCAGCACCAGAUGGCCUCCAAGCCCCCCCAGUCCAAGCCGCUGCUCCCCCUGCUCAUGGGCCACAUGUCUGAGAUGCAGGCCCCAGCCGGCUCCUCCGAGGACGUGUCCGUGACUACGGCGGCGGCGCCUCCCCCCGACUCGGUGCGUCCUUCACCCCUGGGGAGUUACUCCCCGGUGCACCUUCAGGAGGCCACCAGCUCGGGGACGUGCUCCACGUGCACCCCCAGCCCCGCCCCCCCUCACAAUCUUUCCUGCGAGCUCUCGGCGGGGCGCUGCCCCCAGGCCACAAUGACAAAACAGAGCUCGGGACCCUUACCGCCGACCCCUCCCCCUGCCAGCCUGGGCUUAAAGAGGGGGGUGGUGCCGCCAAUGCUGCCGCCCGUGCAGGGACCCGGUCUGCAGCGAGACAUGCUGAGCCCACUGGGAUGCAUGAAGACCGGAAACCACGUGGACGCAAGCAAAGCAGCCAGGAUGCACAACGCGCACCACCUUUCCCCUCAGGCCUUGAAGUGGAGGGAGUACCGCCGCCAAAACCCUCUCGGAGGUGAGAGGCUCUGUGGCGUCUCUUCGUCCUCCGCCGCCGCCCCUGCCGGCUCAGACCUUCAGAGGAAGGGCGGUGCGCACCCUCCCAGACGCAAUGUGUUCGAUUUCCCUCUGGCUCCGUCAGGUCACCCGCCAGGACACCCUCAUGUCAAGCCUGUGCAGCAAAGCUACAGCGACUUCCUGCCCGACUACUUCUCUCUGACCGAGCGGCCGCCAGAGGAGUUCUGCCUCUCUCCCGACGCGUCCUCGUCUUCGUUUUCCUCCUCCUCCUCCUCCUCCUCCUCGCAGUCCCACAUCAGCGUCGACAUGACGCACAAGAGAGGUUUGGUGAAGGCGGUCAACACAGCAGUGGAUCUGAUCGUGGCCCACUUUGGGACAAGUCGAGACCCCGAUGUGAAGGCUAAACUGGGCAACAGCUGGGUGAGCCCCAACGUGGGGCACCUCAUCCUGAAGUACUUGUGUCCAGCGCUGCACGAGGUCCUGCAGGACGGCUUGAAGGCCUAUGUGCUGGACCUGAUCAUUGGACAGCGGCGCUGUCAGCCCUGGAGUCUGGUGGAGGCCUCCACCCAGCUGGGCCCGUCCACGCGUGUCCUCCACAACUUGUUCACAAAGGUGAGCCAGUUCUCGGAGCUGACGAACCACAGCAUGAGACUCAACGCCUUCAUCUUUGGCCUCCUCAACCUGAAAUCUUUGGAGUUCUGGUUCAGUCACCUCUUUACACACGAAGACAUCAUUGCGGCCCACUACAGCCCUUGGGGUCUCCUCCCCUUGUCUCAGGGGGCGUGUCAGCAGCUCUUUGAGGAGCUCCUCCUCCUCCUGCAGCCGCUCUCACUCCUCCCCUUCCACCUGGACCUGCUCUUUGAGCCGCACCUCCUCCAGAAGGGCGAGGAGCACCUGAGGCGCAAGGAGCAGCUGUGCUCGGCCGGCCAGAGCGCCGACCGCUCUGGCUGCUCCACCUUCCAGCUGAUGAGGGGAUGGAGCGCCACCGUGGGCGAGAUGGUGGCCAAGAAGGAGAGGGCGGGGCUCAGGCGAGAGGGCACGUGGCCCAGGAUGGAGGCUUCUAGAGGAGCCGCCGAGAGGGACGCGAUGGAAGGUGGCUUUGCAAGCCUGUGGAAGGACAGAGGGACGGGAGGACGGCGGAUGAAAGGUGUGGGACAAGAAAGUGAAGACCAGAGCGAGGAGAAGGACGCGAGGAAGGACAGGCAGGCGGGCUGGUGGUACCAGCUCAUGCAGUCCUCGCAGGUCUACAUCGACCAGUCCGCGGAGGGGUCCAAGUUUGUCAAGACGGAGAAGAGGAGGACGUCGUCGGAGAGAAGACACUGCCAGCCGCCGCCCACCAGGGAGGGUGUGGUGGAGGGCGCCGAGUCCAGGCAGGAAGGGGAGGGCCUCGGGAAAAGCGGCUGUGAAGCAGCGCCGCUCGGACCCGGAGGACGUCCGUCCUGGAUGGGCAGCCCACCUGAGUCGGUUCUCAGCCAGGAGAAGGAGGUGACAGGGGGCGGGGCUCCCGCCGAAGCCCAGCAGGGGAGUCAGGCCCAGAGUCUGCGCUGGGGACACCUUUUUGGAUCCAGCGUGGGCUCCCCCACUAGGAUGGACGCUGCUGAGCAGAAGGCCAAAGCUCAUAAGAACAGGCCGCCAUCAGGCUGGCUCGGCCUGGACGCGUCCGUUCUUGGCCUGAUGGCUCAGACCAUCGGAGCAGGAGGCGGGAAGAAGGCGGAGUCUCCGGCCACGAUCAUCCAAACCAAAGCUCCGCCCACAUCACCCUCACCACUGGGCGAGGUGGACGGGUCCACGUGUGACGUGCGAGCGCUGUGCCACCACAUCGCCACCGAGCCGGGCCAGCUCAGCUUCAACAAGGGCGACGUCCUGCGGGUGCUGAGCAAGGCCGACCCCGAUUGGCUGCUGUGCUCGCUGGGUGCCAGUCGAGGCCUGGUCCCCAUUGUCUACGUCACGCUCUGCAGCACGGAGGACAGCCAAUAUGGCGGCCACGGAAACAGAAAGUGAGCAUGCAAACGUCCCAAAAUGAGACUCUCAGUGGCUCCGCCCCCUUCCACCAUCACCACUCGGACUUCCUGUCUCUGGCUUUGUGUCCUCGUAGACGUGUGUAGGUGGUCACGUGACUGCUGUGGGCGGGGGGGUGUCCCGGACAAGGUCAGUUUGAAAUUCAUCAGUGCAAUAUUCCAGUGUCAGCUGACCGCUAUGCUAAACACCUCCACUAGAGGUCUCUGCAAACACCUCAUAGAUGAUUCUAAUAAUAACCUACACAGCUCGUUAGCGCUAGUAGCUUAGCUUGCUCAACAUUUCAAACCAGACGGUUUUGAAGGGCAGUGUGGAAGGGGCUAGACUCUAACAACAGCGGCCGGUGGGGGGGGAGAAUUCCUGGCCUGUAGGUGUUUUGUUUUUUAUUGUAAAAAUAAAAUACAUUGAUGGGUAACGAGGUUACUUCAUGUUAUUAGAUAUUAGUCAGCUAUAACGCUAAGUUAGCGUAUGUUGACCAACAUUGGGUUACUUUUAGCACAAAAUGUAGCAAAGACAGGAAAUGGCAUCAUUUUGUUGGCGGCUACAUGCCGCUGCUUCACUUCCUCAGACGCUUGUACGGCGCUUAAAAAUGUUUCAAUUUAAAACAUGAUUUACUAACCCUCACUCUUUAUGAUUUUACUAUUUUACCGUUGGCACCGCUUAACUUCAUUUUACACUCGUGUGGCCCUGAAGAAUGUUUAAAAAAUAAUCAUUUUACAUUAUUUAUUACUCGUCAUUCAAGAUAAGAAUAUUAUGAUUUAUUUUUUGACUAUUUUACUAUAAGCAAACACACUUGUGUGGCUAAGAAUGUUUAAAAAAAAUAAUAAUUUUACAUUAUUAAAACAUUAUUUAUGACUCAAAUUAUUAUUAGAUUUUUUUUUUACAGUUUUACUAUUAGCACUGCUUAACUUCUUUUUACACUUGUAUGGCCCAUAAGAAUGCUUUAAAAAAUUAAUUUUACAUUAUUAAAACAUGUAUUACUCAGAUUUUUAUGAUAUAUUUAUUUAUUACUAUUUUGCUAUGAGCAACACCUAACCUUUUUUACACGUGUAUGGCAUUUACGAAUGUAAAAAAUGACAUUUUAUAUGAUUUAAAACAUUAGUUAUUACGCCUCAUUCAAGCUAAGAUGAAGUUGUUUUUUUCCCCAUUUUACUUUUAUUAUUAAUAAUAGUACAGGGUUCUGCUGCACUUCCUGUCUUUGUGCACGUCACCAUUAAAGCAUCCUAGGUGUUAAAUAGCAGGGGUGUCUUAAAUUUUCUCCAGUGAGUGCGACAUUUAGAUGACAAUGGAAGGAUGGGGGGGGGGGCAGCAUGGGUAGAAUUUGUCCAUGAAAGAUGCUAAAGUCAAUCCAGUGUAGGUUAGUUUUGCACGAAAGGUGAAAUAUCUAAUAAUAAUAAAUUAAUAUUUUAUUUUUACAAUAUGCCGAGGGUCAACAUAAACGGCCCCCAGGCCGCGCUUGGGACGGCAUUGUCCUCUUUCAGCAGGCUAGCAGCUGAUUUUCUGGGGCAUGUUUUAGCUGAUGAAGAUGUGUUUGUCUUAUAUGGAAAAAGGACACUAACAUUUUCUGUGUCAGCUGACCUGGGUGUGAAGGUGGUUGCCAGGUGUUGGCUGGAGGAAAGAGGAGUAGUUGAAGUGUCUUCUUGUACAGGUGAAAGACUAUUUCAUAAGGUGUAAAUAUGAUGGUGGAAGGCUUGCAGGUGAAUGUUAGGAUGAUCCAUGUUGAUAAUGCAGUGACAGCUUCAGUGUCAAAACAAGUGUAAAUAUCUUCUUCUUCUUCUGUGUGUGCGCUACCAAACUAACGUGGAUGUGAAAUAACAAAGUGCUCUUGU